GUGUGUGUGUGCGUGUGUGUAACUGAUCAGUGAAUUUCUGGUGUGUUGCGUAGAUAAGACUGUAACUGUGUGUUGAAAGCAAAGAGAAUGUGAAAAAGAGAGAGAGAGAGAGAGAGAGAGAAAGAGAUUUAGUGCUAUGAAGAAAGAGAACCACAUCUCUGGUAAAUAUGCGAGAAAGAUGGAGGAAGAAAGACUCUGAGACAGAGAGAGAAAAAGAGAGAGAGAAAGAGAGACAGGACGUGUGAAAGUGAAAACAACAAGGAAAUGAAAUGUAGUCAGAAGAGUUUGCUAGAUCUCUCUUUCUCUCUCUCUCUCUCUCUCUCUCUCUCUCUCUCUCUCUCUCUCUCUCCCUCCCUCCCUCUCUCUCUCCCUCUCUUUUUCUCCCACGCUGUAUCAGAUUCACUGUGUAGUGUGUGUGUGCGUGUUUUUCUAUCCUUCCCCUUUGACUGUGUGUGUGUAGGCGGGUGUGUGUGAGGACUCCGUCCCUCUCCUCCGUGAAAACCAUGGAUGGAUUGCGUCUGCCACCACUUAUAGAGGAAGUACUGGACUCCACAGACGAGCGCAGCGACCUGAAAGCAGGUGAAAACACAAUGGACGACCAGACGCUGGAGAAGGAGUGUGAGAAAGCGGAGAUAGAGGGAGGAGAGAAAGAGAAGGAAGAGAAAGAGGAGAAGAGCAAAGAGGAGGAGCUGGAGGAGCUGAAAGCUCAGAUACUGCACCUGCUGCUGGAGCUGGAGGAAGCGCGAGACACGUCACAGAAACACGAGGAGAACAGCACAGAGCUGCAGGGUCUUCUGGAGGAAGAACGUGUAGGGAGCGCGCACCAGGCCGAAGCCUUCACCCGACAAAUCCAGUGUCUACAGGCCCAGCUGUGUUCAAUCCAGCAGGAGAUGGAGGGAGUGGAGCAGCAGAGGGUGGAGCUACAGGAGGAGGUCCUGACGCUCCAGCAGGCAGCAGAGGAGUACGAGCUCGAGACGGUCACACUGAGAGCCGAGAUCGCGAUGAAGAGUCAGAGGAGAGAUGAAGAGAGGAAGAGAGAAGGUGAUGUGGAACAGUUGAAGGAGGAACUUGCCAGUCUAAAGACGGAGUGUAAGACCCUGAAGGAGGCCAACAGUAAACUGACAGAGAGACUACAGGUGCUGCAGAUGACGAGUUCAGGUGGUGUUAAAGUGCAGGAGAAUGAUGGGAUUCAGACGAAUGUAAUUGGGGGAUCAGCUUCUUCCGGCAGAUUUGUGGACGUCUGUAUUCAGAAGAAUAUUUCCUUAGACGGAAAGCCACUCACACCAACAAGUUUGAGCUCAGGGUUCUCCGAGACGGUCUCCCUGAGGGAGCAGCUCAAAGACGCUGAGGAGAGAGCAGAACAGCUGCAGAGGCAGUGUGACUGUGUGCGGACUGAGCUGAGGGAGCUACAAAACCUGUUUGAAACCAGUCAGAAGGAACGGGCUGAGCUGGAGCUGGAGCUUCUGCACUGUAGGGAGGAGCUAGAGAAACUCUCAGAAGAGAGACAGCUCUGCACUGAGUCUGCUGUUCUUUCGCUGCCUUUCUUAGGAAUGAUUGUCAUCAUGGCAGUUCUGUGGUGCUGGUGGUCUGAGCUCGCAUCCUAAACAGCAGCAGAGUGAAAAUGGAGUCUGUGGAUGAGAGAGAGCGGUGACAGUGGAGGUGUUGGCCUUUAUAUUUGUUUCAUUUUGGACCUUUUGACCAACAGACAGCUGAUAAUUCCACCUUUUUCCAUGACAACAGGGCUCUUCAGGCUUUGGGUUCUUUGACCAAAUGUGAUUAUUAUUAUUAUUAUUAUUAUUAUUAUUAUUAUUAUUAUUAUUAUUAUUGGAACUUUCUUUAAACAGUUUGUACAAAAGUUCUUUACUAACAGAUUUAUAAGUGGCUUGGGAUCUCAUUUAAUCUAAUAUCAGCUCUAUGUUUUGUGAAGAUGUUAAUUUAUUCUGCUAUUUAUCUUAAGUAUUGUUCUGUUGUAAAAAUUGAUCUGUUUAUAUAGUUGAAUGUGUUUUUAGUUAUUUACUUUAGCAUUAGCAAAAAAAACUGCCAACAGGACCCCGAGGUGAAACCAUUUACGCUACAAUUCCUCUGGAUUUGGUGUUUUUUAGGAGAUCGUCACUUUAAAUUUUUCGUCUUAGACACUAGAACACAGACUCGGGUCCGAUGUUGCUUCAUGAAUGGCGUUUAUACAGUAGUUUGCAUCAGCCAUAAUGCCGUAUGAGCGGUGUGUGCUCACAAGCAGGAAGUAGGAGACAGGAAGUGAAAAUGAAGCCUCAAUAAUGAUGUGCUCAUCAGCGCCAUUUAUAGAAAAACAACAGGCUUUAACUGCAUUCCUGUUCUGGAACAACUCUCAUUACUGAUCCAUUAAAACCCAGCCACAAUCAGACGUGUGCUGAUUAAUGUCCUCUAACGGCACGUCCCCCAGAGUUUUAUUCCACUUAGAGUUUAAAACCACAACAAUUCACCAACAAUUUAAAAAAAGAAAAAAAACUGAUAUAUA